CUCAAGCGCGGUACGAGCCUUCAGUAGACCAGCUCAAGCCUCGCCCUCCGGUUUCGCCGCUUGCAGCUCCUCGGCCGGCUGUGGUCACCCAGGAGACCCUUCUCAAUAGUCCACCGACCUAAACCUGGUCCCAUGGCAGCCGCGAAGAAAGCAGUUUUGGGGCCGUUGGUGGGGGCAGUGGACCAGGGUACCAGCUCGACACGUUUUUUGGUUUUUAAUUCAAAAACAGCUGAACUACUUAGUCAUCAUCAAGUGGAAAUAAAGCAGGAAUUCCCAAGAGAAGGAUGGGUAGAACAAGACCCAAAGGAAAUUCUACAGUCUGUCUAUGAAUGUAUAGAGAAAACGUGCGAAAAACUUGAACAGCUCAACAUUGAUAUUUCCAACAUAAAAGCUAUUGGUGUCAGUAACCAGAGGGAAACCACUGUAGUCUGGGACAAGUUAACUGGAGAACCUCUCUACAAUGCUGUGGUGUGGCUUGAUCUAAGAACCCAGUCCACCGUUGAGAAUCUUAGUAAAAGAAUUCCAGGAAAUAAUAACUUUGUCAAGUCCAAGACAGGUCUUCCGCUUAGCACUUACUUCAGUGCAGUGAAACUUCGUUGGCUCCUUGACAAUGUGAGAAAAGUUCAAAUGGCUGUUGAAGAAAAUAGAGCUCUUUUUGGGACCAUUGAUUCAUGGCUUAUUUGGAGUUUGACAGGAGGAGUCAAUGGCGGUGUCCACUGUACAGAUGUAACAAAUGCAAGUAGGACAAUGCUUUUCAACAUUCACUCUUUGGAGUGGGAUAAAGAGCUCUGCGAAUUUUUUGGAAUUCCAAUGGAAAUUCUUCCCAAUGUUCGAAGUUCUUCUGAGAUCUAUGGCCUAAUGAAAAUCUCUCAUAGCCUGAAAGCUGGGGCCUUGGAAGGUGUGCCAAUAUCUGGGUGUUUGGGGGACCAGUCUGCUGCUUUGGUGGGACAAAUGUGCUUCCAGGAUGGACAAGCCAAAAAUACGUAUGGAACAGGAUGUUUCUUACUAUGUAACACAGGCCAUAAGUGUGUAUUUUCUGAACAUGGCCUUCUGACCACUGUGGCUUACAAACUUGGCAGAGACAAGCCGGUAUAUUAUGCAUUGGAAGGUUCUGUAGCUAUAGCUGGUGCUGUUAUUCGCUGGCUAAGAGACAAUCUUGGAAUUAUUAAAUCCUCAGAGGAAAUUGAAAAACUUGCUAAAGAAGUUGGUACUUCUUAUGGCUGCUACUUUGUCCCAGCAUUCUCAGGGUUAUAUGCACCUUAUUGGGAACCCAGUGCAAGAGGGAUAAUCUGUGGCCUCACUCAGUUCACCAAUAAAUGCCAUAUCGCUUUUGCUGCCUUAGAAGCUGUUUGUUUCCAAACCCGAGAGAUUUUGGAUGCUAUGAAUCGUGACUGUGGAAUUCCACUCAGCCACUUGCAGGUAGAUGGAGGAAUGACCAGCAACAAAAUUCUUAUGCAGCUACAGGCAGACAUUCUCUAUAUUCCAGUAGUGAAGCCCUCCAUGCCUGAAACAACUGCCCUAGGAGCUGCGAUGGCAGCUGGGGCUGCAGAAGGAGUUGGUGUUUGGAGUCUCGAACCUGAGGACUUGUCAGCUGUCACAAUGGAGCGGUUUGAACCACAGAUCAACGCUGAGGAAAGUGAAAUUCGUUAUUCUACGUGGAAGAAAGCUGUGAUGAAGUCAAUCGGUUGGGUUACAACUCAAUCUCCAGAAAGUGGUAUCCCAUAAAUAAUACCCACCUCAUGGACUCCCAAGAUGUGAGCUUUUUACUUAAUGAGAGAAUCCAGCAAUUCUGUCUCUUGAUGUGAUGACACUAUUCAUAGACUCUGAUUUUAUUUACGAGCCACUUGCUGCAUGAUCCUGCAAGUAAACCUAUGGCUUGAAAUAAAGAAAAUGCAGCAGAAAGAAUGCUACAGAAACAUUCAGUGUGGUUUUUUUAACAAUGAUUAUUAAGGUUGGUCCGGUUGCCUUUGGAGCUGACCCCCUCCAUUGUCAUAAUGGCCUACCCAUUCCCUCUAAGAUCUAGGAAGAAUUCAUAUCCUGUCCAUUGGAAUCUUUCAUCAAAUAUAUUCAGAUACUAAGGGACCAGGAUUUGAUUCUACACAUGCCUCAUGAAGGGGUUAUUACUAACCUGCUAAAAAUGAGUGGCUUUUUGUUUUUAACAGACCCCCAAAAGUCUUCUUUUCUACAUAUUAGAAGACUACAUCUUCACUGAAUGUUUAAAUGGAAACUUCUACUAAAUUAUUAGGAUGACAAUUUAGUGUUCUCAUUGGUUGGAUAUUUUUCUGGAAAGUACUUGCCAAACCUGAAAUUCUUCAGACAUUUUUAUACUGUCUCACCAAUUAUUAUGACUUUCUGUCUGGAUCUUAUGGGGAAGGACACUUUCAUUUUUCUUUUCUUCCAUCUCUCCUUUUUAUAUUUUUUACUUUGCAUGUAUAACAUACAUGCCUAUGUAUUUUAUAUACUGAGGGUAGCCCAUUUAUAAAUUAAGAGCACAUUGUAUUCAGUAGGUUAUGAUAGGGCUGGUCUUAAGUAGACUACUAUGUAUAUAAAUAUUUUGGGAAAAACAGCUGUAUAUAUUUUGGGGCAACGGUUAUGCAUAUUAACAAGGAAAAAUUUUUCUUAAAGAACCAGCAUUUAAAAAUUUUAGUACAUGUUCUAUGUCAAUAAAAGGAAAUGUACUUUAUUAUGACUUCAACUAUAUUUCUUAUACUUUAACUUUUAAUUUAAUUGUCUUAGCUGGAUAUAUGCUUAAAAAGAAAAUCUGUGGGUCUGGGGACAUGACUCAAGUGGUAAGGCCCUGAGUUCAAACCUCAGUACCACCAAAAAGUAAAAAAAAAAAAUGAAAAACUCUGGAAUACUACAGUAAAUAUUAUUCUCAAACACAAGUACCAGUCCAAAUACAAUUAUAUUUUCUUGAAUUAAUUGUUUACAUAUUCGAGAUCCUUUUGAGGGAUUGAGGGAAUGACAAAAAGUUAAAAAGCUAAGUAGAACAAAAUUUAGGAAUAAAGCCAAGAAUGUCUUUCACUCUAAAUGUUAUUGUUAAUAAGAAGUUAUAAUUUCUAAGAUAGAAAAUUAUUUUUGCUUAAUGUCAUAUUACAACUGAAAAAGUUUACUAUUAGAAAUACCUUCCAGUGAAACCAAGAAUUUCUCAAAAUAUUUAGUAUUAUAUAACAACUCACCUAAUUUAGCUUGUUACCAUCAGUUUUUUAAAUACUUUAAAAUUAAUUUGUUUUAUAGCAAACAAAUAUAAUAUUGUUUCCUAAUUAUUUUCUUCUAUCAGUGCUGAAUGGGAAAAUAUUUAUAUGUUAGUAGAAAAAGUUUUUUUUGGAACUAAUGGUAGUUUGUAUGUGCUAUUCUGAUUGUGCUAUUUCUAAAUUAUUGAUGCACCUGCCACUUAAGUGACAUAAAUAUUAUAGAAAGGUACUGUGAAAUUAUCACUUUGUGGCAGGGACUUUUAAAAAUAGUUCUGUCUCUACAAAGGUAGGUUGCAUUCAUUGUAAAUAAUUGUGCAAAUCAUUGUUCAGAUAAUUUUAAGAGUGCUUUAAUUUUUCUAUAAAUUGCAAGAUUUAUAAAUGUUUUGAAUUGUACACAUUGAUAUUUAAUGAUAAAUUUGCAUAAAAUAAAUUGACCCUUUAUUCUUUUACGCAUUUCUCAUUUAAAGACUAUAAUUUAGAUAAAAGUUAAAUUAACAAAGAUGUUUUAGCAAACAGAAAAUUCAGCUGUUAGCACUUGAUCAGGCACUGUGAAGAAUUAGCCAACAAGAAGUGGUUUCUGCCUAGAAGGUAACACCCACGCACAGGAAAUCAACGUGAGUCAAUGCCCUGUAUAGCUAUCCUUAUCUCAACCAGCAAAAACCCUUGUU